CACAGUCGCGAUAUAAAACUCGGGCAACUCGCGACUUCUCCAUCCAGACACUGGACGAUACUAACUGAAACUAGACUGAAAUUUAUUUAACAAAUCCAGAGUUGAUAAAUUCGUCAGGUACAUAGGGGCAGUUAAAAUAGUCGUUCAAUCGUUCCAUAUUCCCAUAUCAGGAGGAUUUUUCACUGAACAAUUUUUCGUUCGAGAUUUGACUAGGAGUUAUCGAACGAUCUGGCCUCGCGCUACAGUUAUCGGAUUCGUUGAGUGAGUGAAUUUCCUCGGAAAACUGGAAAAAAGUUGAUUCAUUUAUUUAACGUAACGCACAGUUGACUAGACUCCGGAAGUUUUUCAGUGUCAGUGGUGAUUGUUUAAAUUUUACUCGAGGAUUUUCCUGGAAUUUUUCCGCUCCAGAUGAAGAGAGACAUGAAGACAUCACCGACUUAUGCCGACAGCCUCCUAAAACCAGAGAUCAAAGAUGCUUGCAAGGGUCUCGUGCUCUCUGACGAACAGCUCAGGCUGGUUAUGCAGCGAUUGACCCAUGAAAUUAAUCGAGGUUUAGCUAAGGAAACACAUGAGGAGGCCAUCGUCAAGUGUUUCACGACUUACGUUCAGAAUUUACCCAAUGGCACAGAAAAGGGUAAUUUCCUGGCACUGGAUCUGGGUGGUACAAAUUUCCGGGUUCUCUUGAUCACCCUUGACGGCCACAAUUUCGACAUGAAGAGCAAAAUCUACGCGAUUCCACAGAGUCUCAUGCUGGGAACUGGUACCCAGCUGUUUGAUCACAUAGCCCAGUGUCUUGCUCUUUUCGUUAAAGACCUGGAGAUGGAGAACGAGGUACUGCCCCUUGGAUUUACAUUUAGUUUUCCACUUACGCAGGUCGGAUUGACAGAGGGGUAUCUCGCGAGGUGGACCAAGGGCUUUGAUUGCAGUGGAGUUGUCGGUGAGGAUGUCGUCAGACUGUUGGAGGAGGCCAUUGCCAGAAGAAAUGAUGUAAAAAUUGACGUCUGCGCCAUAUUGAAUGAUACAACAGGUACAUUAAUGUCCUGUGCGUGGAAAAAGCCUGGAUGCCGGAUUGGUCUUAUUGUUGGAACUGGAAGUAAUGCAUGUUACGUAGAAAAAACCAGGAAUACAGAGUGCGCAGUUGCUGGUAAUUAUGACUCUGAGAAGGCAAAUAUGCUGGUCAAUACGGAAUGGGGUGCAUUUGGAGAGUCUGGUACCCUCGACUUCGUCGUGACUGAGUACGACGAGGCAAUCGAUAGAAAUUCAAUAAAUCCUAAUAAACAGAUAUUCGAGAAAAUGAUAUCAGGCAUGUAUAUGGGUGAAUUAGCCCGACUCGUGCUUGAAAAACUUGUUGACAAUGGCUUACUGUUCGGCGGCAAGUGCCCGGUGGAUUUGAAGACACGAGGGAAAUUUUUCACUAAAUACGUCUCGGAAAUUGAAGCAGAUCCCAAGGGAAAAUACACAAAUUGCCGAGAGGUUUUGGCGGAAUUGGGUAUACGCAAUCCAUCUGAUCAAGACUGUGAAAAUGUUAGAUACGUGUGUUCAGUCGUGUCAAGGAGAGCUGCACAUUUGGCAAGUGCCGGCAUCGCUUGCUUACUUGUAAAAAUUGGCGAGGACAAUGUUACUGUUGGUAUUGACGGUUCAGUCUACAGAUUUCAUCCACAUUUUCAUGAUCUUAUGACUGAGAAAAUUAGCCAACUACAGACGUACAAGUUCGAUUUGAUGCUGUCAGAAGAUGGAAGUGGUCGUGGUGCAGCGCUUGUGGCUGCAGUAGCAGCACAAAAGCGGUGAAGAUUCACCGAUUAAUCAACAAUUUGAUAAUUAAUCGAAUUUUUAGAUGUAAAUUAAAUACAAUUGAAUGAUGAAGUACUUUGUUUGUCAGACUACUUGUAAAUAGAGCACAAAGAUAAAAGAUGAUUGAUUUGAAUAUUAAAACAGAAUAUUGUAUAGACUUAAUGAUAGCCCAGGUCGUUGACUAGCGUGAAUUAGGAGUAUUAGUCUGGUCGAUAUUGAGGGAAAUCGAGAGGUGAAACAAUUAUUACAAUUUUAUUCUCAAUUCUAUGUAAUUCUGGAAGGACAAAACAAUGUCAAAGUGGAUAUUCAAAACCAAAAAAGGAACCAUUAUAAUGCAGACGAAAUAGCAAUUACACACCGGUUACUUAAUUUCAUUUUGUAAUAAUUUCCAUAGUUUAUCUGUGAGAAUAACAAUCGUAAAGUCAGGAACAGACAAAUGGGCGAUGAGUGGGUGAGAGUAUUUUAUGAUUAUCCUGUGAGUAUGUAUGCAAAUGUGACUGUAAGAGAAGGAAAAGUCAUCAGCAUUGAUGCUAACAACAAUUGAAUGGAACGAAUUAUUUAUUCAAUCCGAAAACAUAUGAGAACAGAAAACCGACACUUAAGACAAUUUAUAAAUUAUUUGUAUCAUUAUUAAAUCAGCAUAAAUUGAACGAAAUAAAUAUUAAGACAAAAUGAAGAAAAAAA